AGUGUGCAUGACGCUGCUCACAAGUGCAGUGGGUUGUCGAAUCAUUUCUAUUUGAACGGUCGAGAUGUGGUUUUUACCAUAAGUGUGAUACUGUGGAAGUGGUAACGAUAUGUUCGAAUGUCCCGAGACAUGUAUGGCGGCGUGGGUGUUGGUGGUGGAGGGCCGAGUAGUAAGUCACCCCGUCCGUCACGUAGAGACCUAAGCGCCGACCCUUCUUACUAUAACGACGGACCGCGACCUGUUAGUCCAAUAUCUCGGCGUUCACGCUCAGCUAGCACUCGCAUACCUUCUCCAAUAGAUCACACUUUACCUCCUAGCUACAUGGAUCCUCAUACAGUUGCCAUGGAAGCCCGCAGUGGGUCCGCCCCUGGGGUGCACCAUCGCCCUGACCGAAGUCGAAGCCAAAGUCGGAGUCUGGGGCGAAAUUAUCAUUCGCUCGAUCGAGAAGCUCAUGAUCGGGAAUUUCUUCCAAUCCGUGAUCCAAGAGACAGGUCGAUGGAUCGAGUAUUGGAUCGUGGCAUGGACCGAGGUCUAGACAGAGGUCUUGAUCGAGGUCUAGAUCCCAUGGGUCGCAGAGACAGGUCUCUAGAUCGCUCUGCCAUGCUAGAAGAUGACAUAUAUCAUGGGGGUCGCACUAGAGUUUCCCCCAGCCAUACGGGGCUCGGUGGCCCCCCUAUGGGUAGAGACAAUUACCUAAUGGAGUUACAACUGCACAAUACGGACCUGAACAAAGAACUCUCAAACUUGAAGAAAGAAUUAGAAUUGACUAAUCAAAAACUUGGCUCUUCCAUGCACUCGAUUAAAACUUUUUGGUCGCCGGAACUGAAGAAGGAGCGGGCGCUCAGGAAGGAGGAAAGUGCCAAGUAUUCCCUCAUAAACGACCAGCUCAAACUGCUCAAUUCUGAGAAUCAGAAGCAGGCGAUGCUGGUGCGGCAGCUGGAGGAGGAGCUGCGGCUGGCGAAGCACACGCGCCAGCCCAGCAUGGAAGUGACCACCCAACUCGACGCCCUCGCCACUGAGAACGAACACCUCAGCAGGGAGGCUGCUAUCCUCAGGGAGACCAUCAAGGAGCUGGAGCUUCGCAUUGACACGCAGAAGCAGACAUUGGGGGCCCGAGACGAGAGCAUCAAGAAGUUGCUCGAGAUGCUGCAGCAGAAGGGAAUAGGCAAAGAAGAAGAGCGAGCAAUGACACAUCAGAUGCAGACUGUGUUCCAGAAGCAGCUCGAGGAGUCGCGCAUGGAGAUCCAGAAACGUGAUCAGGAAAUCCUGGCGAUGUCCGCGAAGAUGAAGACGUUGGAGGAGCAGCACCAGGACUACCAGCGCCACAUUAUGGUCCUGAAGGAGAGCCUUACGGCCAAGGAGGAACACUACGGCAUGCUGCAGGCUGACAUGGAGGAGCUGCGGCAGCGCCUGGAGGACAAGAACAAGACCAUCGAGAAGAAGACGCAACACUGUCUGCAGGCGACGCAGGAGCGCAACAGGUUCACCGCCGAGCUCACUGAGCUCAGGGACCACAUGGACAUCAAGGACCGCAAGAUCAACGUCCUGCACCGCAAGAUUGAGAAUUUGGAAGAACUUCUUCGUGAGAAGGACAACCAGGUUGACAUGGCCCGGGCUCGGCUGACGGCCAUCCAGGCUCACCACAGCAGUUCUGAAGGCGCCCUCACCUCCCUUGAGGAGGCCAUCGGGGACAAGGACAAACAGAUCCUGCAGCUCAGGGAGCAGAGGGACCGAGCUGAGCAGGAGAAGCAGCAGGAAACAAGUCUGCACGAACGGGACAUUGCCGAGUACAAGAUGAAACUUCACUCACUCGAAGGGGAAGUUGAGAAGCUCCAAGUGAGGGUGGAGCGAGCGCUGGCCGAGAAGGACAAACUCGAAGCGAAGCUUGAGUCCAGUCAGAGUGAGCUUGGCAAGACCAAGGCUGAGCUUGACAAGCUCUACAACGAAGCCGACAAGACCACAAGUGAUCACGACUCCUAUCGAAAUCGCGUCGCUAAACUCGAUGCAGAAAAUAAUCGACUGCGGUCCGAAAACGACCGCCUGCAUCAGGAUCUGGAACGCGAACGCGCCGCUUACCAAGCGUCUUACGGCCGUGGAGGAGGCGAGAGAGACAGGGAUCGUUGUGACAGAGAUCGAGAUCGUGAUCGGGAUAGAGAUCGCGACUGGGACAGAGAGAGGGACAGAGACAGGGACAGAGACCGAGAUCGUUCGGGAGUUUCUCGCGACUCGAGGGACGCCAGAGACCCAAGGGACCCCCGAGAUCACGAAUCACUUCAAGAAAAGCUAGACAAAUGUCAAGCAGAGCUGCGACGCGCACAAGCAGAGCUUCGUAUGAACCAGACUGAUUAUGACAGGUCUCACGUCGAGGUCGAGCAGCUACAGGAGAAGAUCGAGAAGUCGCAAGGUGAGAUCUACCGCCUGAAGGCCCGACUUGAGAACGCCCAGUCUGAGAAAGACAGCGUCCAGGAGGAGCUGGAGCGCGCCCAAGGAACGAUCGCGCGCAUGCACGCCGAGCGGGAGCGUUGGGUCAGCGAGGUCGACAAGCUGAGGGAGGAACUCGAGCGUUCCCAGGCCACCGUCGGCAAGACCCAGAUCGCCCAGGAGAAAACCCAGGCAGCUUUGGACAAGGCGCAGUCAGAGCUGGACCAGCUGCAGGAGAGGGCAGAGAGACAAGGCAACGAGCUCAGAAGGGUGCAAGCUGAGCGCGACAAACAUGCGUAUGAGUAUGAGCAGCUACAGAGCCAGCUGGAUAAAACUCAUGGACAGACCGCGCGUCUCACCAAGGACAAAGAGGACGCAAUGCUAGAGCUGGACCGAACCAGAGAGAAGAUGGACAAACUCGUUACCGCUAUGAGCCGCCUGCAGAAGGAAAAGGACCUAGCCUGUAGCGAGAUAGUUUCUCUCAAAGACAAAAUCGAAGUCCAGCAAAGCCAGCUGGCCAAGGCUCAGCGGGACAGAGAAAUCGUCCUCAAGGAAAUCGAAGAAAUGCAAGACAAGUACGACAAGGCAGCGACCCAAGCUCAGCGUAUGUUGAUGGAAAGAGACGAUCGCGCUACCGAAGUCGAAGUUCUUAAAGACAAGUUGGAAAAGCUUCAGAUCCACUUCACUAAAGCGCAGGACGAAAGGGACAUGGCUAACCGUGAGGUCGAAAGGGCGCUCGAGAAGUUUGACAAAUCACAGUCGGACAUCUAUCGUCUGCAGACCAAGUACGAAUCGGCCCAAGCCGACAACGAACGAUUGCAAGUUGAGAUCGAGAAGACGCAGUACCUUAUCGAAAAGAUCAAGGAAGAGAAACUGAGGCUGCAAGAAGAGAACGACAGAAUGCAAGAUGCUUACGACAGGGCAAGUAUGCAAGGUGUACGGUCCAAAGAAGCUGAGGAGAAGUUGAGGGAUCAGGUAGAACAAAUGAACGUCGACAUGACUAUCAUGAAGGAGCGAUAUGAUAAAACUGCGAGCGAGUUCCGAAGAGUAGGAGCCGAGAAAGAAAAACUGCAAAACGACGUCGAACAUCUAACAUACGAACUUGAGCGAGCCUUGUCUCAGUACACGAAAGCCCAGAGUAUCCAAACAAAGAAUCAAGAAGAAAUUGCAAGAUUGCAAAUUGACGUUGAAAAAUACAAGGACAAGUUCGAGAGGAACUCUCUGGAAUUGACGAAAGCUAAAGUCGAUAAAGAGAAGGCGCAGCAGGAGUGUGACACCGUGCAGAAUGAGCUGGACAGAGUCCUCAUAAGACUCGGCAAGUAUCAAGACAGUCAAGACAAAGCGAAGAGUGACCAAGAAAUUCUUAAAAUCGAAGUUGAGAAGCUCAAAGACAAACUCGAGAAGGUGCAGAUGGAGUUCGAGCGAGAAACAAAGCUCCGUGAUAAGUACGAGAAAGAAGUCACCAAGUUAAAAGUUGAUAUGGAACGAGCAGACCAGUACAAGGGAAGAUAUCAAUUGGACUCAGAAAAGCACAAAACUGACAGUGAGAAACUUCUUGCCGAAAACGAAAAGUUGCGGGAGCAGUACGAACACACUCAACUCGAGCUACAGAGAACCAGGAUCACUCUUGAGAAAUACACUGAUGAACUAGCAGCUACCAAGCCUGGCCCUGACCGAGGCAGACGAUCACCUUAUCAAGAACAUCCUGGCAGCGAAGUUGAUCGUCUCAGUAUAGAAUUAGAAAAGAUAAAAGAUAAAUACGAACGGUCCCAAAUCGAGGUUACCCGAUCGCAUCAAAGGGUAGACAAGCUGGAAAGUGAAAACGACAGACUUCGGAGCGACCUGCAAAUCACUCAAAGCCAGCUCGACCGCUUCCUCUCAUCGACCGAGAAAACAAAGACUGAUGCUGAAAGGACCAGCAUCGAGGUGGAAAAACUUCAGGAUAAGUUAGAACGAGCUCAGGCGGAGUUGAACCGUGUGAUGGCUGGUAGAGAAAAAGCUGAGCUCGAAGUCCAGCGGCUAACGCACGAAAUGGAACGUUCCCAGAAACACAUGAACAAGUACCAUGAAAGCAACGAAUCUACAAAGAUUGAAUUUGAACGCAUGUCAGUUGAACUCGAAAAGUUGCACGAGAAGCUCGAAAAAGCUCAGACUGAACUAAAGUGGGUAAAUGAAGUCAAAGAGAAGCUUGAAAUUGAGAAUACCAACCUAAGAAAAGAUAUGGAUGAGACAAAAAAUAUGAUCGGCAAGGCUACUGACAUUCAUCAGAGAUCCAACACGGACAUGGAUCGCUGUAAAGAAGAAAUUAUUAGGCUGAACAAACUCCUGGAACGCAGUAAGGAUGAGCUGGCCAAGGUGUCGGCUGAGAAAGAGAAACUCGGUUCGGCUCUUGAAAAACAAGAAAAAUUAAUAGCCAAAUGGGAAGCCGAACACCGCCAACUCCAGCAAGAAAGAGACCAAGUAGUGAAGCAGUUGGAAAAAAGUCAGGACAUGCUCAUAAAUUUCCAACAGGAACUCAAUCAAUCAGAGUCUGAGUUGCAGAAAUCCAAAGAUGAAGCUAAGCGCCUUAAGACUGAACUUAACACUGCCACGAAAGAGCUAGAGCACGGCACCAAGGAGCUUUUGGACAACCGAGAGAAGGAGAUUCAGAAAAUAUCAGCACAACUUCAGAAUAAGGAAAAAGAGUUCAACGCACUCAGAGCUGAAGCCGAGAAAGAAGUUCAGAAGCUGCAACAAGAAACUCAAAAAGCCCAGCAAAAUGCACAAGCUGCACAAAAAGAAGCCGUUUUGAUUCAGAAAGAAGCUGAAAAAGAGCUAAAGAAUUUAAUUGUUCAGCUCCAGAGUAAAGAGAAGGAGCUGGCUAACACGAGAGCAGAGUCAGAUAAACUACGUUUGAAAAUCGAAAAGAUCGAACACGAACUAAAGGAAACCAAGCGGCGUCUUCUAGAAGCUCAGUCCCACGGAGAAGGCGAGCAGAGCAAGAUGCAGCAGCAGCUCAUCAACGAAAAUACCAGAGCCGACCAGGCAGAGAAAGCCGUUCAGGAGCUCCAAAAUAAGUUACAAUCGCUUUCUCAAGAAAAUGCCAAGAUGAAUCAGGAGGUGCAGCAACUUAACCAAAAGAAUACCCAGCUCAACCAACAGAUCAGUCAAUUAACUCAACAGAAUCAGCAACUCAACCAAGAAAUGUCCCUGCAAACCGACAAGCAGGGAAGUGAAUCUGAACAAAGGGAAAGUCAAAUCCAGCAUCUUAACAAUCAACUACAAACCCAGACCCAACUUUCGCAGACGCAGUCCAAGCAGCUGCAGCAGUAUUCCCAACAAGUCCAGCAACAGACCACGCAGAUUCAGCAACAAACAAACCAAAUUCAACAACUCAAUCAUCAAGUUCAGCAGCUGCAGCAACAGGUUCAGACUCAUGCCAAAGAUACACCGGAAACGCAAAAGUUACGGAUGGACGUGGACCGAAUCUCGAACGAUCUGCAGAGCGCCAACGUGGAGAAACAGCGCCUGCAGUCGCAGCUUGAGAUGCUCGUGGCAGAACUAGAAAAAUCUCAGCUCGACCUUCACGACGCGAACCACAAACUGGAAGGUGCAAUACAGCGCGGCAACGAAGAGGCCCAAAUGAUGCGGCAAAAAGCCGAGGAACAAAUGAAGAUCAACGAGCAGAAGUCCAAGAACCUGGAACUGAAGAGCAAGCAGCUGGACGACCGCCAGAAGACACUCAACGAACUGGAGGCCAGACUCGCCAACAAGAAGACCCAGCUGGACCAGCUUGAGGCCCAGCUAAAUAAGGGCCAGGAGGGGAUGACUGGUAACGAGGCAACCCAGCAGUUAGCAGAGCUGCGUCGGGCUAUGGGGGAGCGUGAGGCUGAGCUCGACGCCCUCAAGAAGGAGCGGGACAAGGCGGUGGCUGAGAACCGUGCCACGCAGUCAGAGACCGAGCGUCUCCUGCAGCUCAUGCAGAUGGGACAAGAAGAGCAGUUCGCCAAGGACAAGACCAUCAUGGAGCUGCAGGAGGCCCUGAAAGCUGAGCGAAGUGGCAGACAACUUGGCCCGCGGCCUCAGCCUGCUGCUGGGCCAAGACCCGCUGCCCCCCAACAGCAGCAACCACAACAACCACAACCUCAGCAGCAGCAAGUUAGACCACCACUACAACAACAACAACAAAUUCGUCCGCAGCAGCAACAAGCACAACAACAACAGCAGCAACAACAACUACAGCAAAGUGCUACCCCAGGUGCCGGGCAACAGCAACAGCCACCAACCGCAGCUCCGGCACAAUCCAAUCAAGCUGCUGCAGCGCCUACGCAACAAAAACAACAACAAGGGCAACAGCAACAACCACAACAACAGCAACAACAGCCAGGACAGCCGCAGCAGCUAGCUGCCAAUUUGUUAGGCUCAGGAGCAGCGGCCGAGACUUUUGCAGCCGCUGAAAAAGCCACGGCGCAGGCUACUGAGGCCGCUAAAGCCACACUCCUCCAAGCCAAGAAUGUGGCGCAGCCGCUACAAAACGCAGCCUCGGGCUUCUCAGGCCUCAUGAAGAGCUUCUUCUAAGCCACAAACCGAAAGAUUAAACUAAAAUUUGCUAUAAUUUCUCUCUUUCUCGUCGAUCAAUAAUAAGUUUGUCUCAGAUCAAACAGCACUUCCCUCUUUUCCAAUUUAAAAUUCUACUCAAUUCAACACUCGAAACGGAGAUACACUAUUCGGCUUCCCACUCAAGAUGGGUCUAACCACUUGACUUACCACUCGAGUCAAUAAUUAACCUCUUAAUUUACCACUCGAGUAGAUGAUAAAACACUCAACUUUCUAGUCAAGAAGUGGACUAGAAUGAAUGGAAUAUGAAGGACAAUACUGCACACUUGACCGAAUUACCGCACCAUUCUUUGCCAUUGCUUUUCUUCUUACGUGAUGCUGCUGUCUGCAACCAAACCAAGCAGAGCAGUUCACACAAACUCGAGGUGCUUCACAAGUAGUUGUGUAUUUUGAGGGUUUAAUUUCCAAACUGUUCUUUGUACAUCUGUUUUUAUAACUUUCUACUGCUUUAGGUAUUAUAUAUUUCGAUUGCGAUAUUUUGGUGUUGUGAGUCCUUUUUUGGAGCUGCUCUUUGAAGGCUUCAUAAGUAGGCUUGUAUAUUCAAUUCUUUUUAGCAAGAGUUCAUAGCUCAGAAGAGUUUUGAUUGCCCUUCACUUUAUGGUUCAUUUAUUUGCAUGCAUGUGCCUUUCAAGUUACUCUUUCUAAUUUAUGUUUUUUUCAUCUCCAUGGCAACUGUUGAAAUACACACCUACGCACAUUCAAUUACUUUUGUUCAACUGUUCAAUUCAAUUCGAGUUCUUCAAAAUGGUGCUAUUUUUCGAAACACAUUCUGUUCGUGGUCAAGUCCACUGAUGACCAUCGAUCAUCUUCAUGCGAGUGCUAUUCCUAACGAAUGGAUACGAAAAACACCAAUAAGAACACAAUAAAAUCCUGAUCAGACUUUUAACGAAAUUCGGCGGUGUAGUCGGCAAUUCCUCAGUGGAGAUCUAAGUUUCAACUAAAGUACUUGGCCCAAAAAACAUGUCAA